CUCGCCGGGAGCGCCCUCGGCGCUGAAGCCGCCUGCGCCAUCUUGACCGAGGGCAGCCUUCCGCUAUUUCCGCUCUUUCUCCGAAAGAGACCGCCAUCUUCGGUAAGGAUUGGCCUGGGCCAAAAAUAUUCAAGACCCUCGGAUUGCAGUAGGUUCCCACUCCCCAUUAGAAAAGAAGAUUAAGAGUUUAGGUGGUGUCCAUUCUCCAGAGGUGAGGAAGUUGCUAGCCCAAAAGACUCAACAGGAGACUGAAAGACUUGAUCAACUAAAGGCCAUGUCUUUUGACUUCCGGUUCGCCCAAGCAGAGGCAUACUACUAUCAACGCUACCAGGAAAUGCUGGAAGAAGCAUGCAAGCACAAAAUGGUUCCAGAAGGGGAAAUUAAAACAGAGGAAAAGGAAAGGACACCACAAAACGAAAAAAAAGAAGAUGCUAAAAAAUGGCACUAUUUAGUGUCCGAGAGAGAGCUGAACCAGAUACAGAAACACAUACACCGAGCCGAAAAAGCCAGAGGCCUCAGAGACCACAAAUGUCAACUGCUCCCUCAAAGCAUCUCAAAUGAAAUUCCUUCCCACGAAGUAUUAAACCUGAAGAAGGAUGUUUCAACUGAAAACAUCCAGAAAACACACAAAGCUAAGACCAAGCAGUACAGGGUGGCCUGGGCAAAGAAACAGAUAAAGGGACAUCAAGACCGAAUGAUUCGAGGGAGAGAACUCACGGAGCAAAGAAAUGGUCAACGACGUGCUCAAAAAAUACCUGCACAAGCUCCCCCUUUCCUGAAACCUCGAGUGAAGAAAAAGGAAGUCAAAGAAUAUGAAUGGGUCACCACCUAUCCCAUUGUCCAGCCUUAUGCCGAACCACUUUUAGAAGUGACCAUUCUGAUGGAAAAGUCCAAAAAAGAGAAUAAAAUUGGAAAACCACUCCGAAGAGAGCUCUUGAGUAUACCAUCAUUUUUGAGAAGUCAACUACAAAAACAUAAAGUUUAAAUUAUUUUCUAGAUUAUUGUAUUUCUUUUUCAGGUGAGCAUACCUUCAUAGAUGUUGGUGCAGUAGAAUCUAAUAUCUUAUAAUAUUGUAUCUAAAUGCGUCACACUGAAAAAAAAAAGAGAGGUUAAACCAUGAGCUCAGAUUCCCAAUGUUUCAGCUCUGUAUAGCUAACCCAAAACCUUGUGAAUUAAAACCACCACCAUUUUAUUUUAUCUCAAUUCUGUAGCAGGCAUUCCAGCAGAGCUCAGCUGGGCCAUUUUUCUGCCCCCAUGUAGCACCACUGGCAAUGCUUGGAAACAUUCAGUGAUGGCUGGGCUAGUCCGUAGGUCCCAGAUGGCUUAGCAUGGAUAGCUAGAGGGCUGAACCUAACCGGUCCCUCUCCCUGGCUUCCCUCCCCAGGUAGUUUAAGGGCCAUGUAGUAGUUGGACUUAUUACCUGGUGAUUCAGGGCUCCAGGAGGCCUGUCAGAUGCUACAAAGGCUUCUUAUGACCUAGCCCCAGAAGUCCCAGAAUAUCACUUCUGCUUAUCCUACUAAUCAAAGAAGCCACCAAGAUCAGCCUACAUUCGAGGGGGGACAAGCAGACUUUUUGUCUAAAAAAACAUGGGCUUUUUAUUUCAACCUACCACUCCAAACCUCUAAAAAGUCAGUCACACACCUCUAUUUUUUAUUAUACUUUUCAUUUUUCUUUUAUGUGAACACUGCUCAUAGGAACAAAUAUUUUUAUAUAAAGAAACCCGCAAUUCCACAGCUUCUGCAUUGACCUUGACUAAAGAACCCUGGCUCCCUCUCUAAAGACAGUGUAAAAGUUAGAAUUAUGAUGCAGACAACAAGCUGUCUUGUGUUUUCCAAUGCACCUAAAAUUUAAUUGGAUAUCAUGUAUCUGGGCCCAGGGCUUCCCUGAUGGCUAGUUGGUAAAGAAUUUGCCUGCCAAUGCAGGGACAUGCGUUCAGUCCCUGGGUCGGGAAGAUCCUCUGGAGUAGGAAAUGGCAACCCAAUUCAGUAUUCUUGCCUGGGACAUCCCAUGGAGCCUGGCAGGCUAGUCCAUGGGGUCACAAAAGAGUUGGACAUGACUUAGCGACUAAAUAACAACCUGGGUCUAAGCCCUAGACCUGCCCAGAGACUCUAGAACAUAGCCCCUUAAGCGGCUUACAGUCUAUUAGGGGAAGAGAACAGCAGAUGAAAUAAAACAAAGCUAUGUCCAAUUCUAUGGUAUAGAAAGGUAUACUGACCAUAAGGACUAGAGGAGGGUAGCAAUUGGUGGGGGAUGUGGGGUGUGAGAAUGCAUUUUGGAUGACAACUCCUUGGGCGGGCAGAACAGGAGAAACUCAACACUGAUGCCUGCCUCCUGCCAGCCACUGUCAGCACGGGCAUGAGGCGCAGACUCAGUUCCCCUGGGGGAUCUCCACUGGAAACAAGCAGCCCGAGGACCACAGAGUAACCGAGGUAAGCACAAUGUGCUUUUAGAACACAGCGUUCUAGAGCAGUGGUGCCCAACUUUUUUGGCACCCGGGACUGGUUUAACAGAAGACAGUUUUCCACAAGCCCUGGGGAAGGGAAGCAGGAGGGCUUCAGGAUGGUUCAAGCGCAUCAUACUUAUUGUGCACUUCUAUUAUUAUUACAUCAGCUCCACCUCAGAUCGCCAGGCGUGAGAUCCCAGAGGUUGGGGACUCCUAUUCUAAAGGAAAAGAUGUUUUGGGGAUCUUAUAUGACUUUUAUUUUUGAGAAUAAAAUUAGUUUGGGUUUUUUUUUUUCUUCUCUUCAGAGAGUUAAAGAAUUAAGUGGCCGAUAAUCUCACUGUCCAGAUAACUUCUGUUGACAAUUUUUUAAAAUAACGAUAAAGUACAUGGAAAACUCAACUACAGAAAGAUACAAAAUGCAAAGGAACAGCUUUGCCACCUUAGUUUGCAAAAGAUAACCACUUUUAGGAUUCUUAAUGAUGAGAGUCUGAAACAAGUAGAACUCAGAUGGAGGAAAAAUUGACUCUAAACAUACAUGCUUGAAGAAAAUAAAAUGUUAAGACCGCAUGUUAUUUGAUUCGAUUUCUGCAAAAUGUCCAGAAUAGGCAAAUUUAUGAAGAUAAGAGAUUCAUAGACAGAAUGCAGGUUAGUGGUUGGAUAGGGCUAAGGGUUUAGAGUGGAUAGAGUGGGGCAGUGACUGCUACUGGGUUGUGGGGACAAAAAUGUUCUAAUACCAGAUUGUGGUGAUGGUCACACAACCCUGAAAAUGGACUAAAAAACAACGGAUUAAUUACACACUUUAAAUGGGUGAACAGUAUGAUAUGUAAAAUAUAUCUCAGUAAAGCUGUUUUACCAAAAUGAAACCAACAGCAGGAAUUCAGAGAGGAGGAUGGAGAAGGCAAUGGCACCCCACUCCAGUACUCUUGCUUGGAAAAUCCCAUGGAUGGAGGAGCCUGGUGGGCUGCUGUCUGUGGGGUUGCACAGAGUCGGACACGACUGAGCGACUUAGCAGCAGCAGAGAGGAGGAAGCAAGCCUGGAAAUGCAGGUAAAAGGCCUGAUCCUCUGAGGCUUUGAACACUGGUAAAGAGCUCAGGGUAUCAAAUCUCAAAGGCAGUGGAGAGAUAACUGCGAAACUGACAAGUGGUCUUGAAGACAUGGAAGAGAUCUGAAGGAGAUACAGGAAGUGGGGACACAGACAGGAGCCUGUAGCAGAAAGCUGGGCAAGAUGCAGAAUCAAGAGGCCGGAUGGUGAUUAGUGACUGAUGAAGGCAGAGCCUGUGGGGGUAAAAGAGAAGAGAAACCCUAGGUUUCUUUCUGAUUGGUAAAGGUGCCAUCCAGGAAUUACAUGGACAAUGAAUUUAGGAGCUGUUUUCAGUUCAGUUCAAUUCAGUCGCUCAGUUGUGGCCUACUCUUUGUGACCGCAUGGACUGCAGCACACCAGGCCUCCCUGUCCAUCACCAACUUCUGUAGUUUACUCAAACUCCUGU